GUUUUGCACAGCAACGGAACCGCACCACACAGGAAACCAGGAUUAUUUUAGACGAAGGAUGCUGCUACCCAGUACUCAGCAAGGGCCCUCUCUGCCUCAGACACCCCAGUUCUGGACCAACCCAAUCGUAUUUAGAGAUUGAUCUGAUUCCUAUUGUGGCACCACUACAAGUUUCCUUGGGCUACAUUUUCUCUCAGAUUUGACGAAAAGAUUUGAAGCCAACCUAAGGAAUCUAACUUUUCAGGUAGAUUCAGCAGAAAAGCCGCGGCGGGACCGCGGAGUUUGCGGCAGCAAAGACUAGAAAUGAGCUCAACUGCAUCCGCAGAGACUCUUGGAGGGAUUUCUAACCUGUUUGAUUCUCAACAGGCCAUUUAGCCCGGCGCUGCUCUUUUGCGGUCUCUGCCCUUGGAGUUUACAAGCAGUAAAUUUAACACACAGGCGGCCUCGCGGCCCUCGGUCCCGUAGCGGCAGAAGAAGGGUCUCUGCUGUGGGGAGCACGGAGGCGAGACUGACGGGAGCUACCAGGCCGGGAGGGGCAUUCUCAGGAGUCCUUCCCACACAAAAACCAGGAAGCAGGGAGAGAAGGCGCAGCACGCAAAGGGGAGGGAGGGGGAAGCCGCGAAGAGAAGCGCGCCCUUCUCGGGAUCUGUUCGUCGUUUGGAAGCUCAGCCCAGCGCGCGCUCGACACCCGCGAAAGCCCGCAGCCGCGCGCGCGCGGUCCCGCCGCUCUCUGGCGCUGGGCGGAGCCCAGCUGCGCGCGUCAGUCAAUCUGGCCAAUCGCGCGUCUCUUCCGCCUCCCGCGCGCGGGCCCGCCUCUGAGACGCCCGGCUCCCGGCUCCGGCAGCGCGCGCGCUCGGCAGCGUUGGGCAUGGCGGAGGGAGAAACGAUGCGGACUGGAGUAAAUUUAUCUGUGCCUGAGCGCCUUACUCCUCAGGCCUGGAGGGUCAUUCGUUCUAGUGACGCAGCUUUUAGGAUUUGGAGAAGUGUGAGAGAAUUAAACCAAGAUAUCAAGAUGGGAAGCCCAUCAGACUCAGCUGUGAUUUUACCUAGCACUCCACAGGCCGGUGCCAAUCCACUACCUCCCCAAACAAGUAGUUCAAAAAAACAACUUAUGAGUGCAACCCUUAGAGAACGAUUAAGGAAAGCUAGAUCUUCAUUUAAUUCCUGUUACAGUGUGGUGAAACGACUUAAAGUAGAGAGUGAAGAAAAUGAUCAGACCUUUUCAGAGAGACCAGCAUCUUCAGCAGAAGAAAACUGUUUGGAAUUUCAAGAAAAUUUUAAACACAUAGACAGUGAAUCUGAAGCAAGUCCAUAUUUGAAAAAUACCUUCAAGAAUAUCAAUGUGUGUGAAUCUAAAUCACCGGAUACUGAGUCAUGCAGUGAUCUCCAAAAUGACUUUAUGAAUGAGAAUCUUCCCAAACAAGAAUUAAACAAAGAAAGAGCAAAAUUGGUGAAGCAGAUUCAGGAGAAAGAAGACCUUCUUCGGAGGCUAAAACUAGUCAAAAUGUAUAGAUCAAAGAACGACCUGUCUCAGUUACAGUUGUUAAUAAAGAAGUGGAGAAGCUGUAGCCAGCUGUUGCUUUGUGAGUUGCAGUCAGCUAUGUCUGAGGAGAACAAGAAACUAAGCCUUACUCAGCUGAUAGACCACUAUGGGUUAGACGACAAAUUGCUACACUAUAAUAGAAAUGAGGAAGAGUUUAUAGGGGUUUAAUCCAUAAUUUUUUCUCCAGAAUAUCUUUGUGAAUGACAACUUAAUUAAAAGACAUUUAUACAUUUUAAAGGGAAGAUAUAAACCAUUAGGGCUUAGAGAAAAGUAUCCUGGUGAGCCUGGAUCAGUUUAGGCCCUGUGUUAUGUAAACUUGGUUCUAAAAUGAAAAUUUAAUAUUUUGAAUAAAUUUGCCAAAGAAAACUUAACAGGUAAACAAAUGUGAGAAAAUUAAAUUAUGUUUUAAAAAAUAAUUUGGACAUUUCUGGAAAUGAGUUUUAAUACAUUGGUUUAUUGUGGUAAAAAGUUUUAAAUGUUAAAAAAAAAAACCAGUCCAUCUAGUGAAUGUCUAAACCUGAACUCGCCUAAAAAUCCCUGCCUCUCCUAAGUUUAUGAUCCUUGUUUCCAUCCAUUUACCACAUAUUUCCGUCUGGAUGGCCUAGCAGGUAAUUAAAUUCAGGUAAAUAAAAUUCUAUUGGUUUAUGUCUCUAAAUAUUUGUUACUUGUAUUCCUCAUCUCAUCUAAUGAAACAACCAUCUAUUUCUUAUAAAACCACAUAUCCUCAUCUCCGACUUCAGGGCAUCAUGGCACACAAGCCCUUUUACACUGAUCUGUGAAAUAGGUUCAGGUUAGCAUCUGCUCCAUUAACAGUGACCCCUCAGCCAGAAAUUCAUCUUCACUGGGUUGGGGUUCUGGCUGCCAUGUUGUACGUUGUCUGUCAUUCUGGUCAUAGAUAGACAUAUAUGACCCAAGCUGCCCCUGAGAAUUUGGAAUUAAGCUCAGGAAAAGAAAGCCCAUCUCUUUUUGUGGCUGGAGCUGUUGUAUGUAAACUUGGAAGCAGAAAAGCUGGUGUGCUUAAGACGGGCAGUGUGUGCCCUUACAGAGAAAGGCAGAGAUCAUAGAUGGAGAGAGAACUUUGUGGAUCAGUGACUUCCUGGUUCCAGUUUCCAAUCUUCCUGAGUGAGGGCUUUCUGGAUUUCUGUUCUUGGGUCCUUUAAAGGGCUAAGACAGCUUUCCUUAGCUUUUGUUUUUGUGUUUUUCAAUCUUUAAAAAAAGAUACUUCCCUACUACUUGGUAAACAGCCACUACUCUAAGCUCCGCGCCUCCCCCAAGUGCUCCUCACUUUCAGCCCAGUCCCUCCCCACAGUCUAACAAACUUUUAAUGUUCAGCAUAUCAGGACCCUGCACUUUCAUACAUUCUAGUUGUUAGUGCUCAUG